GCAUACGCAAUUGGCAUGCGAAGCGUCGACGAAAGAGCAGAGAGGAUGUGUUUUCCUCUCGAUGCUGCCUACAUGCAGGUGCUUCCACAGCCAUCCGGAACUCACAGGAUCUUGCUGACAAUGCCCGUGACCGACAUGGAAGCCCUUCUCAAGGAGCUGCCAGAAGAGGUUUUCGACCUGCCGCAUGUGAGCGAGAUGCGCACUCAUGCAUUCCGAGUUCCUCUUCCGGGUUCA